AUGCACCAAACAGUAUCACACGCCAAUGGAAAUCUCUCCUCACGAGCGAACGCCUUCUCUGUCGAAUCGUUGAUAUCCUCAGGACACACAAACCAACAGACAUCGAUUACAAGAAUGGCUGCUUCCACAGGACGCAGAUCACCCGAGAGCGGAGAGCACGGUGAGUUUCUCCACCGCAAUCGGGUGGUCGAACUCACACACAUUUCCAUUUGCUCCUUCAUCACUUUAUUUCUUACCUUCCCCUUCUCAGAUCCAGCGACUGAAGCGUUAGGAUCAAUGCAGGCCAUGCAGAGCCGAGUGGGUUCUACAGAAACACUGGAAUGCGAAGAUAUCGUUAUUGAACUCCAGAUGCGUGAUUUAUGGCAGCGUUUCUUUGAGUUGGGAACCGAAAUGAUAAUUACCAAAGCAGGCAGGUAGGAUAAUAACCACUAUUUAAGUCUCUUCUAUCUCUAUGAAGUGAACCUAAAAAUGCAUCGACACAAGGCUCAUUUUACGUUAGAAAUAUCGUGCAGUAUUUGUGAUGAAGUCCCUCAGUCAGACAAUGCGUCUAGAAGAAAUGAUUCAACGGUGAAUGAAUUUCUCAUGUCUUGCUGUUGUACGUUUUCCGCGUUGCCGUUCUAAAGUUUCGAAUGCUUUGGCAACGCCAGGUCGCGAACAGGAAAGAUUCACAGUAACUCCUAAAGGAGGUACAGAUUCCUCUAAAAUUUACCGUUUUUUGUCAUCAUUCAUUUAAAUAAACAACCAUGCAGCAGCUUUUGAUACUGACGGAAACGACUGAGACAAGGAAGACCACUGAAAUCCGGGCGUAAAAUUCCUUGCCCUUGGCAUUCCAAUGUGGGCGUUUUUUGAGAAAAACCUAUGAUUUACAUUGUCACACUAAAUGAUAAUAGAAAAGCUAGUGACAGGAUUCUACAUGGACACUGCCCGGAACUCCGUUGGUAGAAAAUUAAAGAUAUCAGUAUUUGUUGAUCGCUUAAGACUCGAAAAUCAGAGGAAAAUUCUCAGGGUUAUAAACAACUGAUAAGUGAGCUAAGCUCUUCCGUUGUUCACACUUCUGGUUUCUGUAUCUUUGCACUGUCACUUGAGCUAUGAAAUUAAGCUUUUAAAAUUAAAUGGUACAAAAUUGCCAUAAAAAGUCAGUUCCACCCUAUAGAGCCUUGGCCUGUAUCUUUGCGUGAUCAACCUACGUUGUUUUUCGGAUAGCCAAAGCAGAGACGAGAUUGAAAUGAAACGCAUGCAGCGAGCAUGUAUUAUUUUCCAUUAUUCCCUGGCUUACGAGUUGAUUGAAAGUCAUCAACAGAGGUCGUGGUUUUGAAAUGUUAUCCAAACUAUGGGAAGUUCUGCUCACAAGACGAACGUAUCGCCCAGUGUCCGAUUGAGCAAAAGAUCCAUCGAAAUGAAACAAAUGUGUUACCAGGAGAAAGGAAUGAAUAAUCGCGAAAUGUGAAACCGAACAUCUUUAAUCGAAAUAUUUGGGUUUUUUUUGUCCCGAUUUUUCCUUUCUUUUAGCUGUUUUCUUCAGUUUAGUGUCAUUUUUUUUGUAUUUGCUCGUUUCCUAGAAUAAAAUCUUGUGAUGUGCUCUGAUCAAGUCUGUUAAAUUUCAAAUAGGUAUCGUAUUUUAAGCGUCCAGUCAAAAUUGUUCCCUAAAUUGUCAGAUUGAAAACUGACGCGCUAAUAUCUGUUGUGGUCUUUUUUUAGCCUUUAUCAGUGGCAAUUUAACUUGAUGAAAACAUCGCUCUGACGAUUGGAGUACUUAACUCUUCAAAGAAGCUGUUACACCUCAAAUUUAGGAAUGAUAACCUCAAAUUCAUUAGAACAGAUCUGGUGUAGAAAAUUUCUCAUCCAGUGGAAUGAACUCUUACGAUGUUUGAAAUGCCACUCAUCUAAGUUCCUUAGCGUCCUAACGAAAAUUUUUUUGCACCCGUCUUGCAUCAAAUGCGAUCUGGCUUUCAAGGCACUUGGCACGGAUUAUCCAAAUUAAUUAAAAGGGUGGCCACGGCGAAGGUUAUCCAGAAUGAUUGAAGUACUAAACAUCCUACAAAACAGGAAAAAAGCUGUUCUAAUUAAAUUCGGUUGAAGGGUCGUUUAGCUGUCCAAGGAAGGAACGUCACGUCAAAUAAGAUUACCCAGAUGUUUUGAGAAGGUAGAGCGAAACAUCUGCACGAGGAAUGUUUUGAGUCAUAUCUAUGUUAGAUGUCGAACCUGUUUUGGGCAUGAAGGUCAGUUUUGAUACUUUGCUUCAUCACCGAUUUCAGAUUUUCUCCACGGUCGCGAAUUAAAUCGUAUACGUAUACACGUUCCCAUUUCAACGAAUAAAUGAAUGAAUAGAUAAGAGAUUGAAUGAAUCAGUGAAUGACGAACGAGAAAAUGAUUGAAUGAGUGAAGAAAUAAAGACCGAGAAAAUAAUAAAAGACCUUUAGACUUUAAUAGUUAAUAUGAUAUUCAUCCAAAAAAACCUUACUGAAUUUUCUCUUAAUAUAUCUAGCUCAAAUGAAUGUUAAUUGCUGUUGUAAUUUUCUGUGCAAGGCGCAUGUUUCCCGCCAUCCGAGUCAAAGUUUCCGGACUGGAUCCCAAAAGUUACUACAUGCUCAUGAUGGACAUAGUACCGCUGGACAACAAACGUUACAGGUGAGGACGAUGGUAAGCGUAAGACUCAAAUCCAAGAACAUGAUCUAACAAAGUACUCACAGGAUCCUUGAUUGAACGAUGCUACAAUUAGAAACAAGAGAGAUGGUAAGAUCCGAACAGCAGGACGCGUGUCAUAUGAACUUCGUAAUAAACCACGCUCACCGUGGAGUCUCUGUGGCUCAGUGGUAGAGCAUCGAAGCGCGGAAUCCGAAGGUCUGAGGUUCGAUUCCUCAUGGGGACUCAGAAUUUUUUCUUUGUCCCACGCUCGUGACAAAACGAAAAAAACUUCUUUCGUUAUGCUUCAAUUGUUCAAAGAUUUCCCUCGUGACAUUGCUUUUGGGUCCGUUGGUUUUCUGCGACAUAGAAAAUUACCUUACAAAGAAACUGUGUGACAAUAAUUCGCCACAAUGGGCAAACAUUAUGGCGGUAAAGCUCACUAAAGGUGGUAUAGAAUGAAUUUCAUUUACGAGGAGGAAAUUGUCAACUUGAAAAGUUGAGGCUGAAUUUUCGAGACGCAGUAACCUUCACGGAGCCUUUUUAAUUUGUUCAAAGACAAAUUGAUCUAAGCACCAUUUAUCGCUGAUAUAAGCCGUGAGCAAACUUAACAGCAAAGCACACUACAACAGGAAUGACACAAACAAUAUUUAUCAGUAAUUUUGUCGCGAGUUCCUUCAUUGAGGGGUAAGUUAUAUGAUUCAUUUAACUCACAGGUAUGCAUACCACAGUUCCAAAUGGGUUGUGGCGGGAAAUGCGGACGCGCCGAUGCCAGGCCGGGUGUAUAUUCACCCGGAUUCUCCCGCGCUUGGCGAGGAGUGGAUGAGACAAGUAGUGUCAUUUGAUAAAGUCAAACUGACCAAUAACGAGCUGGAUCAACAAGGACAUGUGAGUGGAUUUAUGCAUUUUGUCGGUACUGUCGCUGUAUCAUUUGAUGAUACUUUAUUAAACUGUUCGGAUCAGUGUUAAAAUGGUGAACGGUUAAAAUGGAAACUCUUCCCGCCUGCGUACAACCGUUUGUGUGCUCACAUAACAAUAAUUGUAUUAGCUUUCAUCAGGAGGAAAGAAGACCCUUAAAGUUCGAGUUUAAACUUAACAAUGCCUUUCUCCAUUUUAAGAUCAUACUUCACUCCAUGCACAAAUAUCAACCAAGAAUUCACAUAAUAAAGAAGAAAGAUACCUCAGACACGGUUGCUGUGGACGUAGAGAAGCCGUCUUCCUUGAGGAAGACGUUCGUCUUUCCUGAUACCGUUUUUACGACGGUUACCGCGUAUCAGAAUCAACAGGUACCGUAUAUCAAGCAUUGUUCCCAACACCCAUUAGUUUGUAUAAAGCUAAUACAGUUUACCGAGUAUGGGUUUCGUGCUUUACGCCAGUCAAUGAUUACUGUCUUCAAAUUGGAAAGUAGUUUAAUUCCCGCUGAUGGCUUUGACAGUGGCUAUACCUAAAAAUGGGACUUUUCGUACAGCUGAUAGAUACAAACAGCACAAAUACAGCAUUGACAGAUAACAUUCUCGGCAAAAUUCUCUCAUUUACCAGUUUUUUUCUUUUUUUGAGACAAUGCAAGCAAUCGAGAAUGCUAUAAUUUAUAAAUAUGUAUUUUAUUCUUGUUUUAAUCAUUUAUUUCGGUUAUGUCGUUUUCGCGAAAGCAUUUUCAUAUUGUUUAGGAAAGUUAAACAAUGUUUUUAGAACGAUGUAUUUUUUGGUGGUAGCACCAAAAAGGUGUCAAAAUCCAUCAGGGUGUAAAUUUAACAUCUACAACAACAACAACGUGUUUAUCGCUUCAUCGUUUUGGUCGAUUUUCAAAGGCAACAUUGGCUAAAAUAAAAUAGCGACGGCUGACGUCCCAAAGUAGGCUUUAUUGAGUUUGUUAGUCCUCAUUAGCUUUUGCUUCAAGCUCGAAGAGACCCAUAUUAAUCUAAUAUCCUUGUACACCAUCAAUUUGGAACUGAACAGAAAUUGUCUGAAAAUAAUAUUUUAAUGAUUUUCUGAAGGAUUAUCUUAAAAAGCCCUGCUUUUUAUUCUCCUGACGAACAAACAAAAUCAGUUUCAUCGGAAAGGCGAUUUGAUAGGUCAAAGACUUGAAAGUCCGCAUUUGUCCCUAUCGGUUUCGUCUCGUCAAAACUUCUGUUUUUCUCAUUAGAAGGUUAAUUCGCGUGUGUGGGCAGAUGUUCUAAGAACAAGACUCCUUCAUCGUUUGCCUUUGAGACGUACCGUGUUAUUUCAUUCAUAACUUUGAUUCUGGUUGCCAAUCGCUUUCCUAUACGUUAUGAUGUCUUUUUGCAAAAUUAGAGUGGUGGCAUUAUUAACCGUUGCACUUGGGGCGACUAUCAAUAGUAUUAAACGUGGUGAAAGCAUCAAAACAACACUCCAGUAAAGACUUAAAGGGUGUUUUCCUUUGAUCAGGCGCUAACAGUAUGUUUUUAUAAUUCACUUUCGGUAAAUAUAUCCCGGCUGGAGUAAUUUCAAUUCUCGUCCGGUCGCUUAAGCGUUGAUUACUCCAUCGAUGUAACGAUAAUGCGCACGGCUCCUUUGAUCUGGGGAAGUAUUUUACAUUAAUUUUGUUAAUGGCCUCAAUUAUGACUUAUUUUUCCUCUUGCCGCCGUAUUUAAGAGACAAUAGAAGUAUUUUUAUGAUGUUGUUUGGUGAAUAAACGACAUGUUAUUUGCUUAAUUCACGAACCCUAAAACGACAAUCAUUUUUAUACUCGAUAUUUUCCUAAAAACAGUCUUUUUCUCGAAGGCAUCAAGAAGAAGCCGUUUGAAUUAAAAAUACUAAUUUCUCACAUUUUUCAUUGGCCCAUGGUGCUUCCUUUUUUAUAUAUAUAUUUCUUUGCGGAUAAAAAUAGGAAAAAAUACAAGGAAAAAACUCGGAAAGAACCCUUUACUCAGAAAAACACAGUCAGCAUAUUGGGAAAGAUACAGUAUGAGUAGUCUUUCAGCUCUAAAAAAAUUCACUUCCAUUUUAUUAUAUAUAUAUAUAUAUAUAUAUAAAUAUUAUGAGAGGAAAAAAGGACGCAACUACAUUUCCCGACAAGCCUGUUUCGUGAAUCGCUUCACUCUUCAGGGAUUUAAACCCCUGAAGAGUGAAGCGAUUCACGAAACAGGCUUGUCGGGAAAUGUAGUUGCGUCCUUUUUUCCUCUCAUAAUAUUUAUUCUGCUCUGCUUCAACGUAUUGAGCACUGUUCCACGCGAAAAUCGACUUGCAGACUUCCUAUAUAUAUAUAUAUCACUUUUUUCAUCCAUGAACUGAAACAAGACACGGGUUAUGACGGCUUUGACUUAGAAUUUCUUUCAUUUUCUUUUUAGCCAAAGAACUCUAAGUUUGCUAAACUUUACCUCGUCUGUCUGUAAGACUGUUUCGGUAAAUGGAUUAAUUAAAGAGUUGUGACAAAUAACAUUACAUUAUAUUGCAUUUUUUUAGAUUUGCUUUGUGCGUAAAUCUGACUGGAGAUUUCGUUCUAUUCCAGAUAACUCGAUUGAAGAUUGACAGUAAUCCUUUUGCAAAAGGAUUUAGAGACUCGGGCCGAGUCAGGUGAGUAACAAGACUUGUACUUAAAUUUGCCACAAAUAUUUCAGUUGGGUAUAAGAAUAGGUUGCCUAAAAAUUUCGUGUUGACAAGAUCAGCCACAAACCUGUAUGAAGCGGUCUCCAACGGGGAAUAGCGGGAUGACCUCUUAAUAAAAAAAAACGAUACACAACGCCCCUUCAUGUCAAAAUUGAUUACUCAAUGUACAGAAUGUCGCUUAAAAAUACUACUUACUUUGAUUUUGGGGAAGAAACAUGGAUUUAAAAUUACUUUAGAGAUUAUUUUUAUAGUUCCGCUAUAAGUGACCGUUGGAUACAGGUGGAAAAUAAUGCAAAAAGGCUGGGUGACCACUUAAUUGAAGGUCCAUUUACCAACUUGGAUAUGCUUUGAUAUUGUGCAAAAUCGAUUUAAAAGAAGUUUUUAUUUAUUGUGUUUUUAUAUAAACAGGGAUCCAAUGGAAGAGAUAAUGCAAGCUUAUUCAUACUUUAGACCAACCGCAGGAAGAACUUUACAUUAUUCAAACUUCAGGGGAAGAGAUGAACAGCUUAGUUCCGGUGAGUCGACAGUAUUUGGAUCUCUUCUCCUUAUAUCGAUCUGGUGGUUGCGUUUUUAAAACUGACCAAUUCACAGUUUAUUCCUUCCCAUGACAAAAAACUCGGAUCCCGAUUGAAAAAAAUGCCUCUUUAAAAGGUGUUUCUUUUACCUCCAUUAAAGGCACGACUACAAUCAGGAGAUAACGGCAAGGAGUGUGUCUUCCGAUUGCCCUUUCGACCACAUUCAGAGCCGCAUUGAUAUGCUCUCGUCAUGUUUAUCUCUUCAUUUUUAUUAUUUUUCCUUUUGGGCAGAUCAAGGUUCUUGUUCCCCGCAUGCAUCAGUCCCUGUACCAUCUCCUUAUCAGAGUGUUCCUCUAAGUCCUACGAUGCCGCCUCAGACAUCAACAUGUCAUUCAAAUACUGCUUUCUCUGCCUUCAAUGCGUGCUUAUCGUCAUUACCGCACGGCGCCAUGUUACCUACUCAGUAUCAUGUGACACCCUACUGCUCCGCCACAGAAACGUACGGCCACAUGCUCCACACAGCGGUGUCACCGUUUUCCACCCGCGAACCCAAUGCUGUGGUCAGCCAAUCAGAUACGGGCAUCCCACUUAGCCCAAUUGUUACUCAUCAGGCGAGUGGCUUUCAAGGAAAUACGUAUGCUUCUCCACAUGCGUUCACGACACAUACAAUGUGAAUUUCACGAGUCCUUAUUUUCGUUGUGUACUUUUGAUUUAAAAAGGUAUUUUAGAAAUCAUCAGUUAGUUCGCUUGAUAUUGAACAAGCAUCGAUAAUUCGAAAUAUUUUUUAUGAGACAGUUGGAAUAGUUUACCAGACUGAUAUCAGGUGUAAAUAUUGUAAGUUAAAUCAUUAUAACAAGAAAUUGUUACAGUUUCUUAGGUUACCGGCAGAACCUUUUUUAAAAAUUUAAAGACAAUUAUUUGUGAUUAUGAAUAUCAGAAUAAACCAUGUGUUGAUUUUUGUAGUUUGGAAUAUCAAUAAGGAUUAUUUUUGAUGCUGGGUGGAAGAGAGGAACCCAACAAAUUUUGCCCUUUUAUUUGUUCAGUCAGCGAGCUUACUAAAACUUGGAAAAUGAUA